AAAUGUCUUCAAUCACAACCAUCAUGGCCAUUCGCAACCGUCUUGUUUUGAGGAUUUUGCAGUCUUGUUUUGUUUGUUCGGCACACUUCGAUGACACAGCGUGACGUUAAAAGCAUCGUAGAAUAUCGAGACAGAAAAAUACGCUGCUAGGAGCCGGCAUCAGUACGUGGUUAUUACUGUCGCCGAUAAUAAUUGCCAAAACAAAAUGAAACACAUCGAGUUGCGGCCUGAUCGGAGGCUACUGAAAGCAAAUUUCGACGGAUACAAACUUUCGCUCGACCCCAUACCGGUGCUGCGGAUGGAGUUGGCCGAACACAACCGACCCCAUCGUGUGCGGCCAAACGAACAACAGUUCUCGUACUACCAUGCCCGACUGUUCGGAAUGCAGAAUCAUCUCAUGCGGGACCCGUGGGCCACCGGGCAGUGCUACUACGUGGACGCUUCCGGCAUGGUGCAGCGCGUGCAUUACGAUGAAACGCUCGGCCGUCUGAAGCCAAUAAGCGCGGUGUAUAAAUUGCCUGCCACCAACACGGAACCGCUCACGCUGGAGGGAGAUCAAGCGACCGACGAGGAAAGUAAAACUGCUGGCCCGUACAACUGCUCGCUGGUGUUCGCUUCAGAGAAGUAUUGUCUGCUUUCCGAUGGACGGGGCACCAUCCGGGUGCUGGAUACUGACGACCGAACGGCUGGACGCGAUUGGAAGGCCCGAGGGGUGUUUCAACCGGCCGCAGAUGAUAGCAGCAGCGGAUUCCCUGCCGGUGGCUUUACGCUUCUCGACGCACGGUUUCUCGUUCAGGACGGCAAGAAACAAAUUCACUGCGUUAUGAUGCAAGUCGAACAUCAUCUGGAGCGUAAAUCGGAGACGUUGCUCUAUUGGUUAACCCUCGAGCAGCAGCAGCAACAAACACCUGGGUGCCAAAAACCGCCAGUAGCGCAAGAAUGGACUCUCCGUGCCUCCCGUCUGCUGCGUGGUGGCGGAUUUCCCCGCUACUGUUCGUUGGAUUAUCGUGCCAGCGGGUUGCUUUUGGCAAGCGACAAACCAUUCCGCUUCGUGUUCGACUCGGAGCGUCCGGUCGAGCCGAACGUUGAGUCCCCAGCGAAAGCCAACGAAACGGCACUGCAAGAACCACAGGCGUAUGAAAAGUAUCCAUUCGAGUGGCACCAAACGCUGGAUGAAGUGAUCAUAAAAUUCGUCCGACAAGAAGGUGUUCACUAUCAAGUGGAAACAAAGCAGAGCUCGGACGGAUUGUGUGUAUUCGCGAACGGCUGCGCUGUGGUUGAAGAAACAAAACUGUUCGCCAAAAUCGACGGCGAUUGCACCGUAUGGACGAUGGAUAGCGAGAUGCUGGAGAUCACAAUGCAGAAGCAAGCGCCUGGCGUCAUGUGGCCGUUCUUAUUUCCCGGUAGCCCCGAUGAAGUAGCCGGUGGUGGUGGGACAGGUGACGGGAACCAAGCGGUCGAUCUACCGCCAGCUUCCAGUCUUGAUGCAGCCUUAGAGGACUGCGAUUUCGGCGAGGCGGGUGAAGCGGAAGAAUACUUCGCUUUGGAGCGGCUCGCAACCGAAAGCCAUCAGGUGUCGCAUCACAUCUCGCUCGGCAGUGUGCCCCCGCUGUUCAGUGUAACGCUUCGGGCAGGCCAACCGGCAGCCAUCGUGUUACGCCAGGACGUCGACGCGUGCCUUUGGCAGCUGCAGCCUCAGGCCGGCCCGGACGCCUGCCAAUUGCAGCACGAGGGGACUUUGCACGCGUUUGGGUACGUGCAGGCGUCGAAGCGCCAGCAGAAAUUUCUAGCCUGUUCGCCCGAUUUCGGAUAUGCCGUCAUCUGCGAGUCCGAGCGGCGACUGUUCAUCUACAAGGGCAGCUACGGGGGAGCCGGCGCUGGCCUACGGAAUCGCAACGGACCGCAGGUUUCGCUCGGCCAGCAGCGCCUGGUCAGCUUGGACGAUGCGGGUGAAAUUUUGGGCAUCUGUUGCGAGAAAGAGGUGACGCUGCUGAUGACCGAAACCGCGCUGAUAACCCUCCAACUGGGCAUCGAGGAGUAAACCAUCAUCAUUAUCAUCCUUAUUGGGACCGUUCUAUAAAGACCAACGAACUGAACGUUAAAAUGACUUCAUAAAAGGCACGCGGUGCUCAAACAGGAUUUAAAAAAGUAUGCAAAUAAAUCAAAUGAUGCAUUGUGAAACAAUAAUGAAAAAUUUGAUUGGGUAUGAAAUUAAUUUCCAUAGUAUUCUGUUCUCCUUUGAGGAAUAAGUGCGGUUUUUUGGUUUUGAAAUGGGUCGAUUUGUAGAACAAAAUAAUAAUUUAUAUAGACAGCGUGUCCCUGACGUCCCCUUAAUCAAAUACCGUCAAAAAUGUUUGUGUGUUAUUGAAAACACAAACUUUUCUUAAUGUUUUAUUUUUAUUUUUACUAUAUAAAUUUGCU